AUGACAGAAGCCUACGUCAAGAUGGUUAUCAACCCGAAGACACCCCAGCUUGUCUGGAAUGCUCUACCGAGUGACGACGUCUUUGCAUCUGGGUCUCACUUUCGCUGCCAAUGUGAAGAGAAUAGCCUGGAGGCGUUCCUUCGUCUAGAAUUCAUUAACUGCCCCCACGAAAUAGGCAAGUUCUGGAACCGCGUGGUGUCUCAACAACUCCUAUUGAAGCAGACAAUGGAUGACCAAAGCUGGUUCCAAAAUAUGAGCGUGGAUAGUGGGGAUGAAGCUUACAUGCCCGAGGUCCUUUAUGGCGAAUGUUUUCCACCCAUUGAUACGACGAGUACUUCAUACACUGGAACUCAAACGACAGCCGCUGGUGUCUCAGGCGUAAAUGCCGGAAGAGAUUUGGACCCGAGUCAUCCCCAACGCAACAAAGGACCUGUUGGAAGCCAUCUACCAAGCCUCCGCACAACAAACGCCUACCCUCGAGACUUCGGGGCCAACUACGACGGGCGGCAAUUUUCCGCGCAGACGUGCGACAUGGCUGGCCGUCAUCAAACGGCCAACUAUCUCGACUACCCAGAUGGCCUUCCUAGUACCGACUGGUCCUCCAAUAUCCCCGUCUUUGGGGAACCUUUAGAUGGCUUACAGGUCAGCCCCAGCAGCUUCUCCUCUUCAGCCCCAUCCUCGGCAACUUCUGAAGCCAUGGCUGCGAUGACCCUCGAUCCCAUGGCGGUACAUAGCAACACCUCUGGACACCUGCAAGCUAACAGUUCUGUUGUCGGCCCGGAGAAUCCUGUAAAUUCUUGGGCGUCGCCGAGUUAUCCUUCGACUAUCUCUCCUAAGAUGCUGCGAAUCAACCCAUCGCCAACACCAGCCUCCUCAUCGGAGUCAGUCCACAAUAGUAUGCUUGCUAGCGGCGACUUGGACCUCAGCACCUCCACGUACGAGCACCAGCACCAGCACCCUCGCAGCCCGUUCCACUCGCAACGGCAGAGCCAAAAGCCACGAAAGGAACUCCCAAGCAAACCGGCGAGAUCACGGCUGGGGCCAAUAGUAUCGUCCGAGUCGCCGUCAUCGUCAUCUUCGAAAGGAAAGAAGCCAGCCUUCCCCCAGCUCUCCGCUGACCCUGAACAGUCGCCUCCUCAUCACAAAAUACGAACUUCCCAACAACCGAAACAGGAGCCUCAGGACAACGCCGCAGUACUUCAAGGAGGCGAGGGAUCACCGGCUCGCGGUGGACGCGGCACCAGAGUCGUCGAGAGAGUCCGCUCGGCCAAGGACGAUUUCCUCGUCCGAUCGAAGCUCGCGGGCAAGACUUACCGCGAGAUCCGGCUCGAGGGGAACUUCACCGAGGCGGAAUCUACGCUGCGAGGACGGUUCCGGACCCUGACGAAGGACAAGGAGGCGCGUGUGAGAAAGCCCGAGUGGCAAGACAACGAUAUACGUCUAUUAAAGAAGGCCGUUCGCAAGCUGGCUAAGGGCAACGAUAUGAUGCCGGCCAAGGCGCCCUGGGGCCAGGUGGCCGAGUACAUUAUGGACCAUGGCGGCUCGUACCAGUUUGGCGGCGCUACUUGCCAUAGGAAGUGGAAGGAGUUGGUGGAUGAGGGUAAGGCGGGAUGGAAAUGA